AGGCGAUGAGCAGUGGAAGCCAGAAGCUUUGCUACCUGUUCGUGCUGGGGUUUCACUUACAAUUUCUCUGCAGCCUUUUGUGCUCAACUCAGUUCUGUUACUAAUGAUUUCAAGUCUCACGCUUCUCCUGUGGUCAGUGUUGGCCCUGCCUCAUGAGCUCUGAAGCGGCUGUUCUAGAUGAUCACGGUGUCACAGCUGUCAGAUACAUGGUCCCUCUGGAUAUGUUUUGCGUAUUCUAAUUGUUGUUAUUCAUUAUAAUGUAGAAUUUGGUCUACCUCCUUUCACCAUGAACAGAUACUUGCUCAUCAAGGUUUUGUAGAUGCACUUAAUUAUAUUUGUAAAAUACUUACAUAGACUUUUUUGCGGGGGCUGGGGGAAGCCUUUUACCAGAAGAGAGAACUCCGCAGGCUAACUACAACUUCUCAGAAGUUGCCUGCAGAGAGUAAAACGUGAUAGUAUUUUCAGAUAAGCAUGCAGAGAGCUGCCGAGAGAGGGACUUACCUAGACCAUGUCUAACAGUCCAUUGCACGUACCAUCAGGAGGUGUUCGGUGCACACAGUACGUACCUCUGCCUUUAAGUUGGAAGAACAUAGUCUUGUUAGGUUUCUGACCAGAACUGUAGCAGAACACUCCAUGUGUGCCCAUGUCCCGCACAGCAGGCUGCAUGACAGCAAGUGGAAGAUAUAUCCCAGUGUGAAUGUUUGGUUCGUAGGCUACUGAGAGGAUUCUACCUGUUUACGCACCUGUGCUUCCAUCCUCUAGCCACUUUCUGGCUGCAUGCACUGGCAGCCACUAAAGGGGACAGAGAUGGCUAAGCACAAGCAGCUGAGGCAGGGGAAGGAGAGAAGAAUAUAUAUAAUGCCUCUGAGUGAAGGGGUAGCAAAGGAGAAUGGAUCUAGAAAGCACUGCCACCUGUGUGUCUUCUGAUAAAAGAACCUGGCAACAGUGCACAUUGACGCUUCAGCGAGGACCUGUAAUUUGUGUGGCAUGUACAUCUGCAGAGUUGCUAAUCUGCACAAACCUUGCAUUUUGAUCCUUGAUCCCACACGACCGAAACAGGAUCAGCUGGGUCAGGUUGCUGGUUUUAAUGCCUAUUCCCUUGUUAUCAAGUGCAUGUCUUAAUAAGCUUAUUAUUGUAAAGUGCAGUCAAAAUACAGACUACAUCACACCAUCGUUUGCCAAGAUAGGAGAGAAGCUUUAACUUCUGGAAUUGCCUUAUGAAAAAUGACUCUAAUUGUCAGAAAUGAGAGCAAGUUAACAAUCCUUUUUGCACAUAGUACUGUGCUGCUUUUCCCAGAAUGUUUCUGCUUUAUUGUGUGAUGCCCAACAGUUUUUAGUAAUCCAAACUCUGACAUUUGCAGCAUUCAAACUUCAGUCAUACCACAUUUCUCAAGUGAAUCAGAAAUAAGAGAUGGGUGAAUAGAUUGCCUAACAUUAAAGAACUGUCUGAGUUUGGUGAGUUUUGUAUUACAAGGCCAAAGAGAUGGAAAUGCCUUCAGCAAAUCUUACUUUCGGUGAUCAAAUGUUAGUUUAUAUAUUCAGUGCAGUAAGUUCUCACUUCUAAUUUCUGUAUUUAUAGCGUUUGUUUGAUUUCCCCAUCAGAAAUUUAUAUGAUUAUCAACCCCUUUUUCCUUUCUCUGUUUUCUUUCCAUUUGGCAAUACCGGCUCAACUGUGUCUUUGGUUUUCUUCACAGCUGCAUCUUCCCUUUGAGCUGCUGUUUCAGCCUUCUCUCACAAACCUUGUAUCUCUUGUCAUCUUUUUCUGCCUAUGUCUUGCUGAUGCGGAGAAGCAGUUCUACUUGAUAUGCCUUAAGCAAUUGUCACAGAAAUACUCAAAAAAGCAUUUCUAACCAGACAGAAAAUGAAAGAGUUAGACACUUCAGCAUAUCAUGCUUGUACAUGCAUGAAGCGUAACUCAAAAUCCAGAGUUAUGUGAAUGGAUUUAGGCAGGAUGGAGCCAAAGAAGUGGGAGGGAGGCAGGGAUUACAUGCUGCCAGCUGCAAAAUUUGCAUUCUUUGUCAUAUCACACCAUAAUGGUUGUGCAAUUGACCACUCCCUCCAUCCACACAGUGGCUAUGGCCCAUCCUGAUAAAAUUUCCAAAGGGAUUCAGUCUGCCACGCUUGACAAUGGAACAGCAGUUUUAAAACUUCACAAAGAGAGAAAACAAAUGGGUGUAUUAAGGAGCAGAAAUUCUUAUGGGGCCACAUCAUGCAUUCUUAUUUCCAGUGAUAAAGGAUCACAGGACAAGCAAGUGUGUUUGUGUCUUGAGGCUGAGGACCAGCCAGCAGCUGCAAAGCUGUGGCUAAUAUAGCAUGUUUGUAUUGUAUGAAUAAAAAGAAAAAAGAUACAAAAUUCAUAGUUUUAAGCAUCAGAAGUAAUGGUGACUGCCUGUCAUGCUCAUGUCCUAAUUUGCCUGCUUCCAACAUGUUCCAGAAAGACUCUGGCCAGUCAGAUAGCAUUUAACUUUUUUAAACAAAAGAAAGAAAAGUGGUGAGAAAAUUAUUAGAUUGAAGGUUAGUAUUCAAAGUUUCAAAAGAUUAGCAAGUUCACAACAACUCACACACUGCCAGGGAGCACAAGUAUGGAAUUCCACAUGUCUGUACAUUUCCAGGAAUGUGCAUUCUUACAGACAGAUGCCUAGGUCAAGGGUUGGUUAAAUGUCAGGUGAGUAUUCAGUGGCUGCUCUCUGGUUUGGACCAAUGCUGGAUAAGACUCUAGUUCUGAUCAGCAAACAUGAUUGCAUUUGAGGACUUUGAAAAAAUUGUAUGUGUGUGUCUGUGUGUGUGUGUGCGUGCCUGUGUGGGUAUGUAGAACAAGAGAUGAUUUUUAAAACUACGUGCUGAGUGCCUCUGCGCUGCAAAGGAGAAACCACCAGCCAACCAAGUGCCCUCAUAGCAUCACAUCAGAACUCAACUGGCUGAUCUACCACAUGGGGAGUUAUUUUCUAGCAAUUUUGAAAACUGCAAUUUUAAACGAAGGUCAUGGUUUCCUGAGGUUUUUGCUGUCGUUCGUGUCAGCUCUUGUGUUGUUACAGUACAGGCACCCAAGCCUGAUGGUUUUGACAAGGUCUUUUGUUACGUGAGUGUUAAUCGGGAUGGUGUCGUGAUGUCAAGGUGCUGCAGCAGUUUCCCUGCCGGAGGCCCGGGGCAGCCUUGGCCUUCCCCAGGACCUUUCUUUUGCGUCAUAUCGCGAUACGGCGUGAGGUUCUGUUGGCCUGGCCAAUCAUGUAGUGGUAUGCAAAUGAACGUUCGGUUCAAUCGAUAAAACUGCAUCUUCAAAGAAAACCAUUGCACUGCUAAAAAUAUUUUUAAUAAUGACCACAGAAGCCAUAUUUGUCUCUUUGAUCUCCUGAAGCUUCUUCUGGUUUUAAUCAGUGUUCCCACAUGAAGAACUGUGGCAACCUAUGAUAAUAGAAUCCCUAUUCCAUCCGUAGGGGAACAGAAAUGUUCUCGUCUGAAGAAGGUAAUGUGGUGUUCUGCCCCUUCCACCCGUGGGCCCCUGCCUCCCUUACUGCUGGGGUAUCUUGGCAUCAGUUAAGUGGUUUCUGUCCUUUCCUCUGUGCAUUACUCUUUCAUUGAAGUGUUUCUGCUGUCUAAUUAUACCCUUUCAAUCAAAUUAGAGACUGCAGCAUCUGGUUAGUGCCUGUAACUGUUGCCAUCUGCACCUAGAUACAGUGCUUUCAUUUAAGGAGGAGUGCUUAAAUUGCAAUCUCAAGCAGGAACCAGAACAGUUUAGGUAGAAUGGAGAUGACUUGAAAACCCUUCUUCGAACACUGUGCAAGCACACGCAUCAAGCAGCUGGUGCCUAGUCGUUACCAGACCCAGCACCUUUGGUUCCAUGUCCUUAGGUUCUCCUGAAGUGUUUUUCGGACUCUUCUGCAAGGCUGUAAGAAAAACAAGUGAGAACCGAGCAGUUACAGCAUGUGAAGUCAAGGAACCUUUAUUUCUUGCUCCAGCCCUACAGAACGUUUAAUGUUCUGGCUGUCCACACUGCUGUACUGAAACUCAAGAUUUAAAUAGCAGCCACUUUCAUUUACCUCUCACUAAUCUGCAGAUUUUUCAAAGAAGACCUUGCUGCUUGCCGGGCAGUAGCCGGUAGGAUAGUUUCUGGUUGAUAAUUGUCGCCAACCUUUAAUCUCUCUGGCCACUAGUCAGCACUCCGAGUAGCUUCCAGAAAUUAAAGCAAAGAAAUACAGCAAGUAAAUUCGUUUUUUUCAGUGAAAUAGUAACAGCUUUGUCAUUCUGAACUAUCAGUCUCGAAAGCUACCUACAUGCCCCAAACUUAGAAGAGUACUCUAAGAAGGCAUUUACACCAUCCCGAAACCUCCACCUCUUCAGCUUGCACUUUGUAACGUCACUAAAUGCAUGUCUUUGGGAAAUACGGUUGUUGGAGGAUGCUUAGUGUUUGUAAGAUUUCCCACUUGUCAGCUAGAAGAGUGUUUGAGCAGGUAGCUGUUUGCUUUGCUUUUCAUCCUCGUUUGUACAGAAGAGGCUGCAGGUGAAAUUCAGACGUUUGUGUUGUUUCCGUCUGUGGCGAUGUGGUACGGGAUGAGAGUUUCUCAUGUUACUGGGCCUCCUGCCAUUGAGGACUUCAGAGAUUAAACCCAGUAUUUGGAAGUGACAAUCACUGAAAGCCAGCGCAGACUCUGAAAUGUUAGUGUUUUACCGUCAGCGCUUCAUUCAGUGAAAAAGUCAGGCUGUUAUGUGCUGCACUACCUUAAUUUUUCGAAUGAUCCUGAAGUGGCGGCCAUGUGGAGCGCAGGCAGCCAUGCCGUCCCAGUGUAACAAAGGCAGAAAUGAUCAUUGUAAGGUCCCUACAUCGAAGAAGAAACCAAGACAGAUGGAAAAAAUUUCUAGUACAGCUGCUGUUUGAUCUUCCAAAUGUUGAUCUGGCUCUAAUAAAACUAAUUGUGAACCUGUAUCACACACUGUACUCACUCGUAGUGGACAGCCAACCCCAGGCUCACUCUCUGCUGUUUCUUCCUAGCAGUUCCCACUCAGUAUGUGCUUAUCUAGUCUCAGUAUUCAUUCUUUUUAAAAAGGAGUUACUUUUCUGUCAACCAUGGCACCUGAUGUGUUGAAAACAAACCAGCCCUGCCAACGCACUGCUGUCUGUUUGCUCGCUGAGGCUCGUAAGCAUUAUCCUGAGCAGGACCUGCUGGAACCUUCCAGCUUUUCAUGGCUAGAACCACUGCAGUGGUUCCCUCUCUGAUCAAUUCUGUUCGCAUGCAUCCCCACCAAACAGUAGAAGCAGUGGGGUCGUCAGGCAGUUAAUAGGGUGAGAUCAUUGCAGACAUUGAUUUUCAUCAUGGGUGUGACACAGGCCUCUGCUUCGCACUGUGACUGAAACCCAGCUAAGAAAUCUGAGGUUGGAGACUUCAAGAUCUGAAUGGUCACCGCUUCCUCUGUGCCCCAUUGAAAGCCCUAGUGGUUUAAUUAAGGUUUAUGGUUUAUGGUUGACAGAAUGGUUUAAACUGAGCCUUGGGUGCAUGAACAGAAGCCACCUGACAGCUCUGUCAGGGACAGUGGGGUUCCGGUGCCUUCUAGAAAGCUGCCAGCUUCAGCCUCCGCAAAGUGCCCGUUCUUCCCUUGCCAUCUGUGCCACCGGGAGGGGACUUGGAUACAGUGCGAGUUCUGACAUAGUUACCACCAUCUUUCCAAAACUUCAAGGAAUAAGGCUUGCUGAAAUGCAUAGAACUGGUGUCGGUGUCACUUGAGUCUGCUCUGAUGUUAGAUUUCAGGCAAAGGGCUGAAUAGCCUGAAGUAACACAGAAGCAUCAACCGACACAAAGCAGCUGGAUCCAGUGGGUCCAGAAGUAAAGGAGAGGAGGUUGCUGAUGGUUGGUUUAUUUUUUACUCCCUCCCUUCUACGUGAUUGUAGUCCUCCAAAGAGAAAUCAGAUAAUUUGAGUAAGCCCAAGAGUUUUCCUGUAGUGUUCAGUCCACUCUUUUCUGACUGUUGCAGUGGCCUCUUAUGGAUUAGUUUUCUGCAGACAAAUCUGCCUGACUUUUUUUUUUAAGCUCAUAUUUUCAUAGAAUUAUUGUGCUAGUGGUGUAAGACAAAAAGAAGGAUGGAGGUUCUACCCUCCUCCCGAAUCUCUUGGGACUUUUGUCUUUAAAGUGCAGCCCGUGGAUUUGAAAUGGAGAGGACAGUGGGCUGUCUGUGAUGAAACAUUCACUUUGCACCUUCAGCACAUUGGGAAUAUUAAUUUCACAAUGAGAUUGCUAAAGUAGUGUUUUGGCAAAGUGUUGUGCAGCAAAAUAUGGCAAAAUCACUGUGUGUGAUACAUAGAAGAAUUCAUCUGUUUACUGCAAAGAUAAUGGAUAUGCUGAGAGCUCUCUAUCCACAUUACUCAGAAUUCUAGAGAAAACUGUACAAAAUGCAUCUCGGCAGCUCUCAGAGCAGAUUGUUCAAGGCAAAAGAACGUAGGACUGACGGCCUGAUUUUUGAAUGCCCAUAUUUACUUGGAAAGAUUGUGCUCCAGUGCUAUGGCAAAAUUAUUAUUAAUCAUUAACAUAAUGAAAAUUUUCUGGCAGAUUCCCUGUAACCCAAAAAGGGGUGCAUUUCAUUUGGUAACAGCUGCUAAAUUCCAUAACUUGAAAGUUUUCAUUUCAGUUUUUCUGGGAUAGUCAAUGAUUUUAUGUGGUAUUUCACUGCCUCCCCCUUCCACAUCUCGAUGCCCACAAAGCCAGGGGAGCUUCACUGCAACUCGGCUGGAGCUCGGUUUUUCCCAAACCUCUUGGUCGUGCAAAAGAACAUAAGAGGCACUGUUGCAGGUACCUGUUGUGUGGGGAACAAAAAACGACAGAUAAGAGGAACCAAGAGAGCUCUUCCUUUUGUGCCAUGCCCUUGGAAGUACCAGUGCAGUGGUUUGAAGAAAGUCUAUUAAGAAAAACAAGCUGACAUGAAAAUGAAAGGCAGUUGCUACUGCAAGUUAAAGCAUGGGCCAGUCUUAGCAGAUCCUCAAGUGGGCUGAUGUUAACUUCAGUUUAGUCUGUGUGCCAGGUUGCGUUCAGGUAUUGUAGCAUUCCUUGCAUUUCUGAGUAGAUGUUCAUACAUACUGCUUCUCAUUUAGAAGUGAGAAGCAGAAAAGCAAUAGCACUAAGCUGAAGUAGACAUCUUUUCUGGAUAAGUUUAUCACUUCUCACAACUGCUUCUUUAUACUGUAUGUUAUUUUGUUUAUCCAAUUUAAUCACGUUUUCCUCUUUUUCUGCCAAAUUCAUCACCUUACAUCUUUUAGCUAUGACAUAGAAAAACUUUUACAUUAACUGCAAAGCAAGAGAGGUAUUGAAGAAAGUUGCAACACUGUGGAGACUUUAAAGUGGGUUUUUUUCAUAUGUUUAUGCAAAUAUCUGUGGUGGCCUGAAUACUGGAAAUGCAGAUUUGCAUUUUCAAGUAAAUGUUUGUAACUCACCUUCAUGGCUAAGGCACAGGUAAAUUGCAGUAAGGAGGAGUAUUGGCUUGUUUUUGUUACAUUAGAUAGCUUUCCGUCCGUGGAUGAUAGCAGUGUGCAUUAAUGGCUGUGCAGACACCUCUUCUGUGUGCCUUCAGCAACAAAAUUCCAUUUAAAAGGAAUCCUAACUUGCCUAGGCAUGAAAAUGCGCAGCGAAGGCAAAAAAACAUCGGCUUUCAUCUGCUGUGUAAUAAAACUGUGAAAUAAUCAUUAUAAUUGCAUCAUUUUGAUAUUUGUGGGCCCAGACUAAACUAAUUUCAAAGGCAUGGUUUUAAUAAUACAUUUUCCCUUCUCCCACAGUAUUUCUAAAUACAAAAAAGGUGUAGUGUCAGUGUCAGGAUUAAGCUUCCAACUGCAGCCACGCAGUCUCUCUAACCUUGUUUUGUUUGUACGGCAUGUCUCGUGAGGGACACCUGAGAUGAGCAUACCCCCCUUCAGAGCGCUCUCCCUCAGGGCAGUGGGACAUCUCUGCAGCUGUCGCGGGUUUCUGCAGAGCAGGCGGUCACAUGAAACAGAGCGUUGCGCAGCCUGCAAAUGUUACACAGCAAAUGGGGCUGACUAUCGAGGCACUCAGAACCAGACCUCCCAAUAUGCAGGGAAACCUUGUCUUUUUUGGAAUGAGACCUUUGAGCAUCCUUAUAAUACUCUGAAAUAUCCCAAUGGGGAGGGAGGGCUUGGAGAGCAUAACUACUGCAGGAACCCUGAUGGAGAUGUCAGCCCAUGGUGCUACAUUGCAGAGCAUGAGGAUGGAAUAUAUUGGAAAUACUGUGAGAUUCCAUCCUGCCGAAUGCCGGGGAAUCUGGGCUGUUACAAGGACCACGGGGAGCCACCACCUUUGACUGGCACCAGCGAGACCUCCAAUAAACUUACUAUCCAAACGUGCAUCAGUUCCUGCCGAAGUCAACAGUUUAAGUUUGCAGGCAUGGAAUCAGGUUAUGCUUGUUUCUGUGGAAAUAAUCCUGACUACUGGAGAUAUGGGGAGGCAGCCAGUACGGAAUGCAACAGUGUUUGCUUUGGAGACCAUACUCAGCCUUGCGGUGGGGAUGGCAGAGUCAUUCUUUUUGACACCCUUAUUGGUGCCUGUGGAGGGAAUUACACUUCUGCCACAGCUGUGAUCUAUUCCCCAGAUUUUCCUGACACAUACGGCACAGGCAAAGUCUGUUACUGGACGAUACAAGUUCCAGGAGCAUCUCAAAUCCACUUCAGCUUUGCCCUUUUUGAAAUCAAAGAUGCCACAGAUAUGGUGGAAUUGCUGGACGGCUAUACCUAUCAUGUUCUAGCCCGUUUUAACGGCAAGAACCGGCCUCCCCACACCUUUAACAUCUCUUUGGAUUUUGUCAUUUUGUACUUUUUCUCAGAUGAAGUCAAUCAAGCCCAGGGAUUUGCUAUCAGAUACAGAGCUGUGAAGGACAACGUGCAUCAAAACAAGAUUCCAGUGAAUCAGAGCCUUUCAGAGAAGAUAAAUGAACAAGCAAAUCUCAGCAUCAAUGCAGCCCGGUCAUCAAAGAUACUCUAUGUCAUCACAACCAGCCCAAGUCACCCUAGUAGCUCCAUGCCUGAGUGGACAAUAUAUAGUCUCACAGCACUGCUCAUCCUAAGUGUUACAGCCAUAACAGCAAAGAUAUUUCUCCACAUUACCAUGAGAUCCCAUCAGACACCAUCUGCAACUGAAACAGAAGAUUCCAGUGAGGUUACGACUGCUGGCGAGAUCUGGAGUAUAUUUUACCAGCCAUCCACAUCGAUAUCCAUCUUCAAGAAAAAGCUUCGAAGCCAACAAGAUGAUUGCAACCCGCUAGUGGGAAAUUGAAGUGUCUUUGAUUUUACAAGAAUCAAUCUCCUUAAAAUCCAGGUGACUGGAUUUUUUUUUCUCCCAAUCUCAUACUCGUUUUCAAAAAAGUCCAUUUCCAAAGGCCUUCAAGUGACUUUACCUAUCUGCUGUUCUCUUGGGUAUAGUAGUGACAACAGAUUUAAUUGUGGCAAUAACUUUGGAAUAUCUGGUGCUCAUCAGAUCUGUAGUGCUGUUAAUAACUGCCUUUAAACCAAUGCACUUAAGAUAUAUGUAAAAACCUGUAAAGUUAAAAAUCCCCUGUGCCCCUGCCAAAGGUAGUUGAAUGAGUAUCUGCAGGUUGAGGACUUUUCGUGUCCUUCUCCCUGCACCGCUGUGCUGUGCCAGGCGUCUGGAGCCCCUUUGGUCUCGGGGCUGAAGGCAGAGGUAGGUACAGAUAACCCAUCAGCUGCCACAGCAACCGGAGCUUAUUGCCUUAAUGUAAACAUGUCUAAACGGUGCUGUACAAUAACGUGGGAGUCAAAGACUUGGAGAAACCAUCAGCCUGGUUGCCCAGUGCUCUGCUGUUUCUACAUUUGCUGUUUCUACAAGCAGAGAUGCACAAAUAAAAAUCAAAUCAAAUUCAGGACGCAAACACUCUGUGGAGUUCCAGCUGCAAAGGUGAGCUUUGAUGGGGUAAUGCUCACCAGGUAAAGGGCUGCUCAAGCAAUGAAGACUUCUAAAUGACUGUGUCUGACCCAUAAUUUGCUGAGGAUUAUGAUAAUUUUGUUCACAGAAAACCAUCAUGCUCCUGUCUGAAGUCCUGCAUUUGUUCUGGGCAUAAGCUUAGGGCUUCUUUAAGGAUUAUCCAAAGAAAUUGUAAAUCCACUGGAUUUUUGAAAAGUGUGGCUAGCACAGAUUCUUACUCUGAAGUUAAAGAUACUGAUCUGAGCAGCCUAAACUAUUACAAAGUUGUAGCCUGCUAUCAACAACUCACCUAUGCCAGGCUGUGCAGCUGGACAGGUACCCAGUUGCCUUGAUGCUCAACUUCUGAGAAGGGAAAGUGUCGUCUUGCCUGCAAAAUUAAAACGGAACUGCAUUUUAAGAUUAAUGCCUUUACCUGUCAAAGAACUAGAACAUCAGUGAGGAUCUGAUCUGUGAAAUCGUUUCUCUUUGAUUGUAACAGACAGCAUUAACUGUUUUUUCUCUUUGGUAGCGUAUCUGUUCACCCACAAUGCUCAGACUCCUCAUCCCACUACUGGGGACCCACAGUGAGUCUCUCAGUCUCAGCAAGUCCAGACCAGCAGAUAUUUGGGAAAGCAAGAUAUUUAGGAAAAACUGACAAUACAGAAGUCAGAUAAAUUGACUGGAAAAGUUCUGUGAGUGAGCAGCUCCUCCAACUAAGCUAGAGGAAGUUCAGCGAGAGCCCUUACAGUACAGUAAUUCUGGUUAAGACAAAAGGAAUUAAUAUCAGUUUAAACAUACACCAGUGUAUACCAGGCCUGUGGUCAGAGAACAACCAUUAAAUGCACCUGCAAAAGUCAACUAAGAAUAGUAAGAAAAGCGUCACUGAGUUUAAAUUCAUUGUAGCAUCUGCCCUUCUGUUUUUAACAUGUAACUCCAUCCCCUUCAUGAGGUCUAUAGAUUUACUUGAAAACACAGGGCAUCUAAGAAUUAAACAGUGAAAUUUGUGCCUUA